AUGGGCACCGGGGAUUUUAUCUGCAUUUCCAUGACCGGAGGGGCACCCUGGGGGUUCCGACUGCAGGGUGGCAAGGAGCAGAAGCAGCCCUUACAUGUUGCCAAGAUUCGAAGCCAAAGCAAAGCCUCUGGGUCUGGGCUCUGUGAGGGGGAUGAAGUGGUCUCUAUCAAUGGCAACGCUUGUGCAGACCUCACCUACCCUGAAGUCAUCAAGCUCAUGGAAAGUAUAACAGACUCUCUCCAAAUGCUCAUCAAAAGACCAUCCAGUGGAAUAAAUGAGACUUUGAUCUCGGAAACGGAAAACAAAAGCCAGGAGCACCCCACACAAGGCAGUUAUGUGGAAAGUACCACCCUGCAGAUCCAACCAGCCACAAAGACCCCGGAUAAAGAGAUCUGUGCCACCUCAGGCAAAAAUGGAGUUUUUCUAGAAGACGACCAUGGAAGUGGUCUCGAUUAUUCAGGAAUCAUCAAAGAAGAAACAGGCCUGAGUUACCAAGUGGUUCCCCAAAUACCUGAUUCCCAAAGAGGACACUUAGCAGAUGAGAUUAUUUUAAGGGAGAAAGUAGAAGCAGGGCAGCCAGGCCCUGUGGUUGAGCUACAACUAUCCCUUUCACAGGAGAGACCUAAGGUCACUCGUACCCCCACAGUGACUCUUCUGGGAGCUGAAAAAUCUAAGCCUCAUGAGUCAGACACUGAUUUACAGUGUGAUGGGAUCAUCCACAUAAAUUCAGUUCCUGCUGAGGAGAAAAAGGACCCUUCUCAGAGGUCCAGCAAGAUCAUCCAGAUCUGCAGCAGCAAAGAGUUGAGAGUGAUCCCAGGGAGAGAAGCAGGAGACCCAGGACUGCCCCAAGUGGAAGUGAUCCUCGACUGCUCUGACAGGCAGAAGACGGAAGGGUGCAGGCUGCAGGCAGGAAAGGGGUAUGUGGAUUCUCCAGUGGAAGGAGGGCAGUUAGAAGCACCUCCUUCUCUGGUAUCCUUUGCAGUCUCAUCAGAAGGCACAGAGCAGGGAGAAGAUCCACGCUCGGAUAGGGAUUACAGCAGACCUCACAAGCACAGGGCACGGCACGCACGUCUCAGAAGAAGUGAAAGCUUGUCAGAAAAGCAGGUGAAAGAAGCUAAAUCCAAAUGCAAGAGUAUUGCCCUCCUUCUAACAGAUGCCCCCAACCCCAACUCCAAGGGGGUGUUGAUGUUUAAGAAACGACGCCGGAGGGCCAGGAAAUACACCCUAGUCAGCUACGGCACUGGAGAGCUUGAGCGCGAGGCAGACGAGGAGGAAGGAGGUGACAGAGAGGAUUCCUGUGAAAUAGCAUUUCUAGGUACAAGUGAGUCAGAGGUAGAUGAAGAGUUAUUGUCGGACGUUGACGACACACAGGUGGUGACCUUUGACUGGGAUUCUGGACUGGUGGACAUUGAAAAGAAACUGAACACAAGAGACAAGAUGGAGAUGCUUCCAGACACCACAGGCAAGGGGGCCCUCAUGUUUGCCAAGCGGAGGGAGAGGAUGGAUCAGAUCACAGCCCAAAAAGAGGAGGAGAGGGUGAGUGCGAUGCCAAGCAGAGCGCCCGAUGCUGCACAGACAGAUGGUCUGACAACCAUAUCUUCCUACCAGAGAAAGGAAGAAGAGAGAGUGCAAACUGCCAUGAGCAGAAGCUACGCGGAGGUGAGUCAUGGCUUUGGCAAUGUACCCCAACAGAAUGGCUUCAGUGGGGUGCCUGAGACAGCAGAGGCCCAGAGGAUAAUUCCUAUGAACAGAACAGCAAAGCCGUUCCCGGGAUCUGGGAACCAGCCAGCAACCCCUUUCUCCCCAACUCGAAACAUGACAAGUCCCCUCGCUGACUUUCCGGCGCCUCCCCCUUAUUCUGCCAUCACUCCUCCUCCUGAUGCCUUCUCCAGAGGGGUGGUGAGUCCCAUAGCUAGCCCAACACAGCCACCUCCAUGGCCUCAGCCUGCCCCCUGGUCUCAGGCAGCCUUCUACGAUUCAUCGGAGCGAAUAGCUUCAAGAGAUGAGAGGAUUGCCGUGCCAGCCAAAAGAACGGGAAUAUUGCAGGAGGCAAAAAGGAGAAAUACCACAAAACCCAUGUUCACCUUCAAGGAGCCCAAAGUAAGCCCAAAUCCCGAACUCUUGUCACUUCUGCAAAAUUCAGAAGGCAAGCGGGGCACCGGAGCUGGAGGUGAUUCUGGACCGGAAGAAGACUACCUCAGCUUAGGCGCAGAGGCUUGCAACUUCAUGCAGAGCUCUUCUGCUAAGCAAAAGACCCCGCCACCAGUUGCUCCGAAACCUGCAGUCAAGUCAUCCUCUCAACCAGUAACCCCUGUAACUCCAGUUUCUCCAGUCUGGUCCCCAGGAGGAGCUCCAAAUCGUCCUCCUACCUUCCCCACUUCAAACUCAGUCCAGGGCCCUGUUGUAUCUUCUAUCAAAAUAGCCCAGCCUGCUUACCCUCCUGCCCGGCCUGCAAGUGCCCUGAACCUGGGUGGACCCUACAAAGGGCCACAAGCGGCAGUAGCCAGCCAGAAUUAUGCACCCAAACCAACAGCUCCUGCACCAACAGUGAAUACUGCUCAUGCUAGUGCAGUGGGACCAUCCAAUGAGCUUCCAGGAAUGAGUGGGAAAGGGGCCCAGCUCUUCGCCAAAAGGCAGUCGAGAAUGGAGAAGUAUGUGGUGGAUUCAGACACGGUGCAGGCCCAUGCUGCCCGGGCUCAGUCUCCCACUCCGUCUCUACCAGCCAGUUGGAAGUAUUCCUCUAAUGUCCGAGCCCCUCCUCCAGUGGGCUACAAUCCUAUCCUCUCCCCCUCCUACCCACUUGCUGCAGUCAAGUCCCAGUCAUCCGCCCCACAGGCCUCCAAAACAAGCAAGAAAAAGGGCAAGAAGCCCCUCAAUGCCUUGGAUGUGAUGAAACAUCAACCAUAUCAGCUAAAUGCGUCCUUGUUUACGUUCCAACCUCCAGAUGCAAAGGAGAGCCUCCCCCAGAAGUCAACAGCCAGGUUUAAUUCUGGGCCAGCCUUGAAGCAAGCCCUUCCACCCCGGCCAGUGAAUGCUAGCUCUCCCACCAGUGUACAGCCUUCAUCAGUGUACUCAGUUCCAGCCUAUAGCUCUCAGCCUGCCUUCAUUGCAGAGGCCACCUCACCAGUCAGCGCAUCCCCAGUGCCUGUGGCUAUCCCCACCUCUCCAAAGCAGGAAUCCACUGCAGCAUCUUAUUUCGUGGCACCAAGGCCUAAGUUCUCCGCCAAGAAAAGUGGUGUCACGGUUCAGGAGAGUGGAUGUUCCCUCUCUCUUCCUGGAAGGCCACUCCCACCCACCAUCUCUACGAUCCCUCCUUGGAUGAACCAGCCUGCUUCUGCCUACAAUAGCAAACCAGCCGAUGGGUCAGAGAAAACAAGAAAGAGACUAACUCCUUGGGAAGCAGCUGCAAAGUCUCCUCUUGGCCUAGUUGAUGAUGCCUUCAGACCCAGGAACAUCCAGGAGUCCAUUGUGGCAAACGUUGUCUCAGCAGCUAGAAGGAAGGUGCUCUCAGUGCCCUCAGAGAAUUGGAAAGAGAGGGUGUCCUAUGCUCCUCAAACCCAGAAAGCCAACAUAAGCUCACUUGGAAGGCAUGAGUAUAGUGUCGCCUCCAUACCCAGUAAUAGAAUGUCCACAAGUUCACAGUAUGGAUCACAGUUACCGUGUGCGUAUUAUAGGCAGCCUUCCAGAAAUGAUUCUGAGAUCAUGUCCAUGGAAACCAGGUCUGAUUACUGUCUCUCAGUAGCCGACUGCAAUUAUAAUGCACACCCCAGAGGUUGGAGGCGUCAAACAUAA